CCUGAAGUCAAACCCGAACCCCACUUUGUUUCUCCCUCAUUGUCAUGCAGUUCACUUCAGCAGAGAAUGUGAAUUCUAUACCAGACGAGGCUAUUGCAGAUAUUGUGUCUCAGCAUCUAGUCGUCGAUACUUGUUCUUCCCCGAAUGACUCGCCUCAAGUUGAGUCGUCCAAUACCGUGGCCGACGAUGCGUCUCCAGCCGUCGCUGAAGAAAUACCCGUGCCGUACCAUUUGCCAGGGGCGGCUGUUACCCAUGACAUUUACACUCAUGCCAACAGUCUGAUAUCCGCUAGAACCGUCCAGCGAUCCAAGUCGACCAAUGAUGUCCGUAUGAGAGCGGGCAAGUUGGUCCAUGAAGACGAUACCGAAGCUGAAUCCGAGUUUGACCAUCUCGACAAACCAGGCGGGUUUCGCCGUUUCCAUGUCCAGCAGCAACAGGAACAACGCAGUGCUGGAAUAGGAACCAGUGACUCCAACGGAUCACUUUCUGCAUUUAAUGAAUUGUUUCGCCCCGAUUCGGUAUGCUCUUCGGAUUCAAAGACAUUUACCGAUUACUCUGGUCUAUUCCGGUCCGAGUCCUUGGCCAAUACAACUACCGUUCACUCGUGGCGUGGACCUACUCAAAAGACCCGUCAUUUCUUGGAAUACCUUGCCAUCACCUCGGUGCUGGAUCGAUUUGCGGGUGAAAAUCUUUCAGAUUCCGAUUCCGAGGAAAGUCCGAAUGACGAAGAGGUCGGCGGGGAAGUAUCAGAACACGCUCCCCUGCUGACAAGCAAGCGCAAAAGACAUGGUCACGGUAGAAAGGAUGCAGUGGAUGAGCAUGGGAACAAGUUGGAACAUAAAGCAAGCACGACCAAAAUCAUUUUUCUGUUAUUCAAAGCUUUCAUCGGCAGUGGAAUUCUGUUUUUACCAAAGGCGUUCUCCAACGGUGGAUUGGCGUUUUCCAUAGCGUCCAUCUGGGUCAUGGGCAUGGUUUCUUUGUACUGUUUCCUUUUGUUGCUUGACUGUAAAAAGUAUAUUUCGGGCAGUUACGGUGAUAUUGGCGGUGUUCUCUACGGCAACUGGAUGCGUCAGCUGGUAUUAUUUUCUAUCGCUAUAUCACAGAUGGGAUUCAUGUGUGGUGGUACAAUAUUCAUUGUAGAGAACGUCAUUGAAGCUGUCAAAUCCAUGACACAUGAUACCGUCCAGCUGUCACCGACUAGCUUAUUCAUGCUGAUAGCCUUGCUUAUGAUGCCACUUGUUCUCAUUCGAAAAAUUGCCAAAUUGUCCCCAACCGCGGCGUUAUCCGAUGUUUUGAUUAUUGCGGGCCUUAUUAUUUUGCUGGGUUAUGAUUUGAUGAAGAUAUUCUGGGAAGCCCCUGAAGGAGAGGUCCCACCCACCGUGGGUCCCAAUAUUCAUUGGGUAUUCAACCCAAGCAGUUUCCCUGUAUUCAUCGGCACGGCUGUUUAUUCUUUUGAAGGCAUUGGUCUUAUCAUUCCUAUUCGGGAUAGCAUGGCGAAACCUGAAAAAUUCCCAAAGGUGCUGACGCUUGUGAUGGCCAUGGUCGCCCUGUCGCUUUGUCUUGUAGGUUCUCUUGGUUACAUCGCUUUUGGUAGCAAUGUAGAAACGGUUGCGUUGCUAAACUUACCCCCUGGUCCGUUGCCGAGCACCGUGCAACUGGGGUAUGCUAUUGCCGUCCAUUUAUCCAAUGCCCUUGCCUUAUUCCCGACGGUGCGUAUCGUUGAGCAAGCUUGUUUUGGGGAUCGUACAGGCAAACACAACAUGCGAAUCAAAUGGGAGAAGAACGCUUUGCGUUGCUUUAUUGUUGUUGUAUGUGCCGUGAUCGCCUGGGCUGGCGCUAGUGACUUGGAUAAAUUCAUCAGUUUGAUCGGCUCAAUAUGUUGCUGUCCGUUGAGCUUGAUAUUCCCGCCAUUAUUCCACUUGAAAUUGGGCAAAGCAUCCACACUAUCAAAAUGGGGUGACGUCGUGUUGAUCACUUUUGGAACAGGCGUCAUGUUAUUCACGUUAUAUAACACGUCCCGUCAAUGGGGUUCCUCAGUAUAGACCGACCCAAUAUUUGCAUUUCAUUUGAAAAAUCACAGCAUUGUUCAACUCAAGAAAAUAUCAGAAAUCAUAUUAAACUUUUUUUUUUUGUUUUCGUUUGGAGAUAUCAGUGUUUUUAGCCAGAC